AGCCCGCCGUCAGUUGCUUUUGACGCUUUUGGCUCUUGACUAUUAAUAAUAACAGCAAAUAUGACGCGACGCCAGUCUUGACUGGAAAAAAAGCAAAUAAAGAUCGAGCAAAUCAAGGUCACGUUGUGCAAAAAACAAAAAAAGACCAUUUUCCAAUCCAAUCAACAAAAAGUUAGCAACAAGUGAAAAGGAAGUGAACUUGAAGUUUCGUCUGGUGGAAAUUCAGUGAACAUUUUAAACACUUAAAUCCAAUUACUGUGGAAAAACUGCUGCAUGUAUGUGUGUGUGUACAGUGUCACACACGGAAUGUUUGCCUACAGAUAAGAUAAGCAGUCAAAGGAGGAGGAGGCGCCACCAACACCAAAGAGGGGGGCACGAGAGAAAAAGGCGCCACCACCACCACCGCAAGACCUCGUCUGUCAAGUGCAUUUGCUAUUGGGAACAUGUGACAUAAGAUGGGCAAGUGUGUCUCCCGGCAGUCCCCACUGCCGCUGCCGCUACCGCUACCGCUGCCACUUCCUCAGAUUACAUCCCCAGACGGGGAGCAUCAUCAAUCCGUAUUGACAUUCGCACUGUACCAGCAAGAUUUGGCCCAGGCCCACAAAAUCUGGCAACAGUUGACAGCCAGUAAUGAAUACAUAGCAACCGCAGCCUCAUCAGUGGAACAUCCAGAGCCUGAGCACCAACAAAAGCACGGGGAGGAGCAGCAGCCCGAGGAGGAGACAUUUUAUUACAGCAUAAGCCGCCGCCGCCGCCCCCAAUCGACAGCCAAGGAUACACCGACAGAGAAAGAGGCGGCCCUCCUUCACAUCGAGUCUCUUUACAACGAGGCCCAAGUGGACCAGGACCAGGACCAGGACCAGCACUGCGACUACGUCUACUCGUCGUGCCAGCAGUUCCUGCUGCAGGAGCUCCUUCAGGCGGCCAUCGAGAGUGCCGAUGAGGAGGCAACAGCAGCAGCCCGGCAAGGAUUCAGGCCACAGUCUCGGCAGCACCAAUCUCUGGCAGAAAGGAAAAACAAUGGCUGGCUGGCACUCGAUGGAGAUGAGGGCCAGGCGGAGAGCAAGAAGCAUGGCAGCAAGUCCAAUCGACGUAACCUAAAUGGAAAUGUGAAUGGAAAUGGAAAUGGAAAUGGCAAUGGCAAUAACUGGGACUCGUCCCAGGAGCAGCAGCCACUGCAUACCAAAGGCACAGCCAUGUCCUUCGGCUUUCGCAAGAAGCUCAAUGGUACGCCCAAGAAGUUCAAGAAACUCCUGGAAUCCCACUCUACCUCCACACCAAUGACAGACACAAAGGACGACAAUGGCAAUGCUGCUACUACUCCCAUUCACUUUGAGAAGGUGGGUGCCGCCGCCGCACCAAAAUCUUCGACUGCCGGAGUCGCGGCAGCAGGUGCAGGUGCGGCUGGCAAACGCUUUGGCUAUCGCGGUGCCCUGCCCCGGCCCGCUUCCACGGGUCUGUACGGUGGCCCCAGUGAAGAGUCCGAAUCGGAGACGGCCGCACAGAAUACCCAGAACAACAACAACCACUGCGGUGGUGGUGGAGGAGGAGUAGCAGGCACCAGCACUGGGCUGGUGAGCAAUUUGAAACGUCGCUCCAAGAGCGCACAUGCGGGACGCAGCAGCGGAGAUGGAGAGCAGCCGAAAAUAGCACAGCCCAAGACGCUCACAUUCAAUCUCAACCAGAACACGACCAUCGAGUACCAGAGGCGGCAGUUCUUUGGAGAGAUUGCGGAUGAAACCACGGCUGCUGCCCCAACAGCCCGUGGCGGACAGCAGCGUUACAACUACAACAAUUUGGCCAGCAUGCACGCGAAUGUCAUUGUACGACCCACGCCACGGCUCACGCCCGCGAGCUUCGCAAAGUUCACCCUGCAGACGGUGAGCCUGCCACGGCCGGAGUAUCCGGUGGCCAUCAGCCUGACGGCCACCACGCCCACCACACCCAGCAGCAGUGUGCAGUCGCCAGUGCCCACCCACGCCACGGGGGCCAGGGCCAAGGACAUCUCCACCAGCUCUCGACAGCAUCCCCUGACCUCGGUGCAUGUCCAGCCCACACAGACGCACCAUCAUCGCUCCGAUCAGCGACAUCUCGACCAGAAGAGCGUCAAGCAGUUGACCAACAACUCGACGCGUCGCAGCUUCUCUGGCAGUCGAGAGAUCAGCGCCGACUCGGGCAUCGCCAGCCUGGACAUGUCCUUGGACUCCGGAAGCUCUGGCAGCUCCGUGGGAUCCAAGCGGAGUCGCAGUCGGCCACGGAAUCUGCAGAUGGUGAUGAGCGGACGGCACACGUUCGAGGUGAAGGAUGUGGACGAUCCGCCAUCCAGCGAAUCGAACUCCUUUGUGGAGCCACUGGCCCUGCCCAAACUUCCCACGGACGGCAGUCAGGCCAUACCCCUGCCACUGCUCGGAUUGGUGCGCUCCAAUACGGUGCUCAGCCGGGAGAGCUACGAACGGAGGCAGGAGACGCCCCAAGCUGGAGAUCAGUCUGCCUCCGGCAGCCAGCAGGCGGAGGGGAAGGCCAAGCCCAGUGGCUCUGACGAGAGCGAGAGCGUGGACGAAGAGAAGCUCUACCUGGACUCGUCCACAUCCGAGAAGAGUGCCAAACAGCAGAGCCAGUCCUCCGUCUCCAGUUCGUGGCGCUGCCAGUCUUUGGCUGGGGAAUCCCUGGCCGCCAUGGACUGCAGCAGCAUGAGCAUCAGCGAUACCCAAUCGCAGUCGCAGGCCCCAGAAAAUGGGGCAAACAAUGAAAGGGAUGAGGAUAUGUCCCUGGGACUAGACGAGAUCAGUCUCAUCCACACGGACAUGCCAUUUAGCACAAUUUCUUCGAUGACGGAGACUCCACCAAAGCCCGGCCAGGAACCGAUGCUCAACAUCCACCUCGUGGACAAUCGGGAGGCAUCUCCACGUCCUCGGUCCUUCAUCAAUACGCUCAACGAGUGCAAGUUUGCAGAGCUGGCGCUGGCCAGCAGCAGCUGCAUCUUGCUGGACGAUGAGACCUCGCCCACGGACAGCCUCGUGAGCAGCACCGAGGAUUCGGAGGAGGCGGGCGGCAAACUCAAGAAGCACAAGCACAAGCUCAACGAGGAGCGCCAGCAGAAGGACAUCGACAUCGACAUUGACGACAUCUCGCCGCUGCUCGAGCUGGAGCUGGAUCCGGGCAGUCCUGUCUCCCCGGGCACGCCCACCCAUGCCUCCCACUCGCUCUCGCUGGGAUCGGACUGUGGCAACCUGAUCGACGACGAGAUCGCCGACCAGCCGGCGCUGCUGUGCAACAGCGAGGCCCACGAGGUGGCCACCGACACGCCCACCCUGAUGGAAACGCACACCGGAUCACUCCGCUCGCUGAAGAGCCAGUCGAAGGCCCGCACGGCCCUCCAGCAGGCCAUCGAGCUGAGUCUCCGCACCCCGAUGGCCGUGCGCCAGGCGGUCCUCGAUCGCGCCGAGUCCCUGGACACCCUGUCGCCCUGCGAGUCCAUCUGCUCCGACGAUCUGAUGAUGGACUUUGACAUGAACAGCAGCGUCGACUCGAUCGACCACAUGGCCCCUGUGUCUGGGCGCAGUCGCAGUGGCUCCGAUCUUCACCGGAUUGGGGCAGAGAUGGACCCUGCCCAGGCGGAGGCUGAGGCCGAACUUCUCUCCGAGAUGGAGCGCAAUGGCAGCGAUGUGAUGAAGGAGCUCAACUCUCUGCUGCGCGGCAGGCGGCAGCGUGGUGGCGCCCGGGAGCGCAUCAGCGCCCAACUGCCCGCCCGUGCCACACGGCUGCUCAAUCGCUCCAGGCUCCAGGAUCAGCAGCUGACGGGCCACGAUUCGGACAACAGCCUGAGAUCCACCCACAGCGGAGGAGCUGCAGCAGCGGUCCGCAAGCGGAGCACGGCCAAUUCACGCGCCUCGACGGCCUCGUCCACGUCCAGUCUGCCGCGCCAGCGCCAUCCGCAGAGCCAGCAACAGCAACAGCAGCAGCAGCCAGGUGGCACCGCCUCGGGUGGCCUACGACGAGUGCGCGGGCUGGAAAGCGGCGAGCUGCACAGCUCAUCGGACGACCUGAUGUUGUAUGACAAGUCCUUCCGGAAUGCCAUGAUCCAGGAUGUGCUGCAGUUCAAGAAGCAGCUGCUGCGACUGCGGCGCAUCCUUCAGGAGGACACUGAGUUUGAUUUGAAAGGGACGGAAACCCUCAAUCCAUUCGAGAACGACAAUCUUCAAUUGUUUGCCGCCUGCGGACUGGACAGCAAGCAGCUGAAUGACAUCGAUCUGGCCAGUUUGACCUCGUCCACGACGGAGGAUCCCUUGCAGGAACUAUCGGAUCUACGUAGACAGGUGGUUUACCUUCAGGGUCAAGUCGAUGAUCGUGAUCGCACUAUACGCCUGCAGCGCGAUCUCAUCGAGCAACUGGAGUCCGAGAAGAGGCAACAGGCCGGCGGCACUGGCAGCGGCAACGGCAACGGCGGCGAUGCCAGCAAGGAGCUCAUCAGCAUGGCCACCCAGACGGAGCGGACACGACCACUUGCCAUUGGUGCGGAGGGUUUGUCCAGAAGUAAGCCCGAAUAUACCAGUUAUACCACACACUUUCCGAUGCUCCACUUGCACGACUCCACGCUGGCCGCCACCACCAUCAUUCGCCAUCACCAGAACCACCACCAGGAGAAGGAGCAGCCCACGCCCGCGCCCACGGCCACGGGCGCCAACACUAGCCAGUGUCCGACCCUGAGCCAGACCCGCCGCCACACCAUCAUCUCCACGACGCUGACCAACUACAACCAGCAGCUGGCUGCAGCUGCCUCUUAUCCGGGCACGCCGCGACGCGCUUCCAUCGGUUGGGACACGGCGGAGGCGGCCACCCGCAAUGCCAACACCUACAAGCCCGUUCGUAUAACGCUGAUCGGGGAUCCGUUGCCCCUGCAGAAUGGCAGCAGCAAGUCAUCGUCAUCGUCCACCUCAUCGCUAUCGUUGCCCGGAUCCGUUGCCGCGCAGAGCCAUCUCCAUGCACAGAACGGGGUAAAGAUGCGGUAUCCGAAUGGCAGCUGCCAGAGCGCCAAAAUGAAGACCAGCAAUGGACACCACGGGGCGAGUGCACACUAUCAGCCGUUGUACAACAGCAACAAGAUGACAAGCCCAACCGUAACUAUAGUCUGAUUUAGAUACCAGUUUCUUCGGACUCCGAUCGCCCUGAUUAUAUCCCCGCCCCCCCCAAAAAAAAAAUUAUUUUGCCGACGCAAGCAAGUCUUAAGAUUAAACAGCUCCAAACAUAAAGAAAACUUAUACAAUAUAUAAUAA